CACACACAUGCGCACACCACAUAGAAUCUCUUCAUACACGAGACAUAACAAAGUUAAGCUCCAACAACACUUCUACAACACAUAAAACACAAACCAACACUCAAUUUCCACGCAUACACACCCCUAGAAUCUCAGACACACAUUGAAAUAAGACUACUGUGAUAACUAAGACACCCCCAGGGAAUAGCUCCCAUGCUGUGUGAUAUAAAUAAGACUGUUAUGAUGGGUAUAAAAGCAUAUUGUGUUGUUCCCCACGAUAACAGAAGGAUUGGGACGCUGGCCAGGCCCUCGUCGUCCCUCAGCCUCAGUCUCCUCCUCGAUGUGGUCUUGACAGAAUGCCGCCGCCGACGCCUCAUUUAGCACAAUUCUCUCCCCUGCACAACGGGAGGAGCUUCAUUUGCUACCGGGAUGUGAACAAGGCCAUUGAGAAGCACCGGGAGAUCUAUGGUCUUCGUCUGGUGCUCAAAAAGGCCGUCAAGUUAGAAAAUUACUCUUUGACUGUGGAACAGAUGCGGGACCUUAAUUUUCGCCUUAAAUACGGACAACUUGAUUACCAGUGCUCCGUGGAUAACGGCCGACCUGGCAGACCUGGGAACGACGAGCGGUGCCCCCGGCUGAUCCGGCUACGGCUGAGUCCUGACGCCCGCACCUUAGUGGUCUACGACACACACGUGCAUGACACUCCAAGGUUCUUCUCCAGCAGUCACCAGACGCUGUCCCCGCCAUGCCUGGUUCCAGAGCCCAUGACAGUUCUGUCCCCAAACGGUGUGGUGUCCAUUUCCCAAAUCAAGAAGACAUCACCUGGCUCUACCAACACCACCCCAACCACCACUCUCGCCACCACACCCAUCUACAGCAGCCCACACCUCUCCAUCACCCCCAUUGAGAGCCCCACCACCCCUGACAGCUUCCACACCCCAACCUCCAGCCUGAGCAGCCAUGAGAAGAUCACUGUCAAGCUCAAAAAGUCGCAGUUCUCCCCCAAUGAGAUGGUGGUGGUGGGCAGUGCCAGGGAUGCACAGGAACAGUUGGAGCUCAGUUCCCCACCAGCAGUCACCAGUAACACCACCACCAUCCACUCCCGCAGGAAUUCCCCAGAGAAGGUCCCUGGCAACCCCAGUGUCAUGUCACCGCCCGACAAGCUGCCCAAGAUAUUACCCAAGCAGCAUUUCACAGCCAAGUUCUCUGAGGGCUCCUUUACUGUCUCCAAGGUGGUGCGCCGGCCUGCCAUCAAGCCUGCCACAGGGGAGAGAGUGGCUGGCGCUCCCCCUGAGAGGCCUCCAGGACGGCCCCUCGGCAGGCCGCCCAUCAACAGGGGAGAGAAGGUUGCCAGAGCCCCAAUACGUCCCACGACCCAUAACAGAGCUGGGGACAAGGUUGGCGCCAGGCUGGGUGCAGGCGCUCUUAGUAAUGGGAGCUCACACACCAAUGGGGUGCGCGCCGUCACAACCACCGGCAGGAAGAUGACGAAGAGGAAGAAGGCCAGGCACACUGAACCCUCCUUUGACCUCUCCAUGCUCGCCCCACUGGACACUGAACUUGGUGUAAGUGAGAAGCAGCAGCUGGCCCAUGGUGUGUUGCUGCGGCUACUACGAGUUACAAGCCAGCUGCCCAUGAUACAGUUCAGCCACGCCCUAGAUACCCUGGAGACACUCACUGAUGCCUACAAGCUCGAACAGCGCGUCAACCUCACCAUUAGCCAUGACCAUGAGGAGGAGUCGGAGAACCUUUACCACCCAGAUGCCUAUGAUGUGGUGGAUUUGGAGUCUGAGGAGGCGUUAGACAGCACCAGAGCCACCACUGACUACCAGUACGACUCCAGUGUUUCCUCCACCACCCCCACCGUGUAUGACAACCACUUCGCCAUUAGCCAGGUGGAUGGGGCUGUGGAUGACCUGGCUGCAUGCUGGGGCGUGAGGAGCACCACCACCGACACCAGGAAGCGUGGCAAGGGUGGGUGGUCAGAGAGUGAGGAGGAGGAGUAGAAGGGGAGGGUUAGUGUUGUAGCCUGACAUCACACUUGGCUCAGGGAUGAAGAGUGGACUGAUACUCUCACUAGGCUAGAUUUACCAUAGGAGCCUGGUAAGGCAGGGCAGGCACCACCUCUGCUGCUGUCUGCUGUGUGUGGUGCCUUCCUGUGCUGGCGUAAGGAAAUAUAGGAAGCUGAUCAGGCCUUCACAUGGCAGUGCCUGUACGAUCUUGCUGUUUUAAGGUUGUUUGUUGAGGCACUGAGAGUCUUAGAGAGUACAGGAAUGAGGCCGACAAGACUGAGUGACGUGGUGGUUGGCUGUGAAGCAUUGCCAUGUUGGUGUGUGGUGGCGAUGGUGUUGGGGUGCGUCAACUCGUACCUGACGUCGCUAAGAGCUAAUCUCAUAUUUUUGUAUGUUAAUUUAUCGCCAGUGACUGUAAUGUGCCAGUAAGCCGGGAGGUGACUUAAGUUUUGCCUUGGGGAACUGGAAAGUAAGGCGACACAAGUACAUGUGUAGAAAGUUGACUGUUUAUUGAGCUGCCUUGGCACUGACUGACUCUGUGCAUCUGAGCUGUCUUACCCUCAGAUCCCCAGCUCAGCUUCAGUCCAGCAUGAGGAGCACAUUCCACCCAGGCUAUGCAAAGUUGUCUUACAGAGGGUGGUGUGGUCAGUGGGGUGUGUUGAGUGUUCUUAUGCAGUUAGGUUAUCACAGUGUUGGGUUCUGAGGGGCAGUGGGUGCAGGAAAUGAUACAGAUUACCGUGGUGUUGAAGGUGGUGUUGGUAGAGGUGUAUUUGAUUGAUGGUGAAGUAUAGGCAUUGUGAUGAAAGUUACUCAGUGUGUCAUCAUUUGCAUUUGAGGAGGAGAGUUGUAAUAAGUCUCAUUCUGAAGAGUUAAGACAAGAAGGUGUUUAAGAUGAUGUGCUUUGUUAUUAUUUGUAUCUGAGGAAGAGAUUUGUUAGUGUCAUUGCAAGGUGUACAGUUCAAGAGUUUUGUUUUGUAGUAAGUGGUAAUGUCACUCCUGAAGUUUUUUAAGUAUUAUAUGUUGGAGAAUGAGCCAAGUUUUGUAAUAAUGAGAGAAGGAAGUGUUCUAGGUGUCAUUUAUAAGACUGUGGACAAGUAACAAGAAAUACUGUCUUCUGAAAUUAUGUGUAUUGUGAGGUUGGAAAAAUAACACUUUUUUAUGGAAGAGAAAUAAGAAGUAACGUCUUUCUUGAUGGUGUGUUUGUGCCAGAUCAUGUCAGGAGCUGCCUUGUCUAUUCUGCCAACAGUUACAUAUCAGAGCCACAUCUGUGAGUGUUGGGGGGUGCAGUGUAUGCCUCACUUAAGCCUGUUUUGGUGGCAGGGAGCAAGGCAAAGCAGUGACAUGUUGAAACAGUUACCCCUAAAAUGCUUGUAUAUUUUUUAGUGAGGUUUUGGACACUUGCUGGGGGCUGUACUUUUAUUGUUGUCAGACUGAUUAACCUAAUGAUUCCAACACUGCCAUGUAACGUUAUUCACAAGUCCGGCGACACACCAGAGUGAUGAGGCAGGAGGUGGUGUGCAGAGCUAGUGGUGCCAAGCUGUCAGGGCUGCUGGAGGUGCUGUGGGAAGCAUCCUCCUUUACUGAGCGUAUUCAGGUUAGGGCAGGCAUUGUUCAGCAGUUAAUGACUCCAAUAAUUGUAUGAGAGUUUUACACAAAUGAAUGAAUUAUUGCAAGGUGACAUUUGAAUGGUGACUUUGAUUGCUUGGUUUUAAGAGUCGGUAGUUAUGACGCACCAGUAGGAUUAUGUUACAAGGCAAAUAUGUACCUUAGUUUAUUAUGUGUGUGUUUGUUUAUGUCAAAUAGCGUACAUCGUAGUACUUAAGUUAGCCAGCAGUGACUUGACCGAUCCUUGUUGGGUGUUUGAUCCAGAACUGCUGCUCAGAUCACUUCUCACACACAUCCCCACACCUUGGCAUCAGUUACCAGUUGUGUUGUCUGUCUGCCAAUGCUCACAACAGCUCCAUAACACUGCUGCCCCCUUGUCACCAUCUUGUGUUCCUCCCUCUCUUUAUGAUCCAGACUAAGACUGCUCCUGAUCUCAUCCAAUCAUAUCAGACAUUUAGUUUAUUUCAUCAGUUGUUUCACAUUUCUAGCAGUUUUCUGUAAUGUCUCUUCUCUAUGCUAUUGAUAUCUUCCUCUGCUCUCUGCUUAUCUUAUACGCCAUGAGAACUCUUGUGCACAUCAUCCUGUUAGAUCAGUUCAUUUGUUUGAUCAGGAGUGGUUGUUCUUUAUGUCUUCUCACUGUGCUGUUGUUGUUCUCUCCUUUUCCCUUCUUAUCAUCCAACAUGUCUUGAGAUCACUGUUUCACAUCCUGCCAGGCCAGCAGCUCACUUGCCUGGUCAGGAGGUUCACACUUGUAACAGUUCAUGGACAGUUCAGUUCAACACAGCUCUGGAUGAAAUACACACCAGGAUUCUGAUGACACUCUUCUGUGCAAGAGAAUUCAGAUUUAGUACCUUAUGUUAAUUUAAAACAGUAGUGUAUUUUGUCGCAUUGUAAUUCACGUAGCACUCAUUAAUUUAAAUUCAUGUCCAUAGCAAACUAUUAUAUCACAUCAAAACGCACUCACUAUACGUUAAUUCAAACUCGUGUGUGGCGAAUUUUGUCCAGGCACGACGCACUUCCUGUUCUGUCUCAUAGUUUGUAUCAGUGCAUACCUUUUGGUGGUGCCUGGUGUCCUCUGGGGGGCUGUCUUGUCGGUGUGCCAGCGCCCCACACGCCUAUUGCUGUGUGUCUUGCACAGCGGCUGCUGGCCACUCGGUGCUGGGACAGCCCUGCACACCUUCCUUUCUUGAUUAGUUUGUAAGGCUGAAAUGUGUGUGUGUGUGUGUGUGUGUGUGUGUGUGUGUGUGUGUGUGUGUGUGUGUGUGUGUGUGUGUCUGUGUCUGUGUGUGUUGUAUGUGUGUAGAAAUGGGUUAUCUUUUUAUGAAUAACUUAACAUUUAUAAGUGUAAUAUUUGUAAAUCAGAUCAAAUUGACAUAUUUAUUUUUCCAUGUAAUGUAUUUUCCUUUAUUUUAUGGAGUAAUGUUUCAUUCAGGAACAAGGACAUUAUUAAAUGACAUUUUUUUCUGACCAUGUUUGGCUGGUAUGUGUAUAUGUGUGUGACAAAGCAAAGGAAUGUGUAAGGCUUACCAAAACACAAUGUAUUAUUCUCUCGGUGUGUUUGUCAGUGGUAGCAUGUCAUGGUGACUGUCAGUGGUGAUUGGUAGUGUGAGUGAAUGAGUGUUGUGUCCAGAGUGUUUCAUGCAUCAGAGAGCAGCAUGGCACUAGUGAACAACCCAGGGUGUGUGUGAGGCUUGGCAUGGCUGUGGCUGUGUGCUGUCCCUUAUAUCAUUGUGUUGUGACCAGUGUGGAGUGGUGGUGGCCUCCCUCUACACUGCCACCACUCCUGCCUGGCUGCAGUGAAGUGCCUACAUUUGUACAUACUAGAUGCAGGGUUGGUGAUCACUUCCCUAAUCCUUCUCAUGUCCCCAGGUCUCCAGUCUUUGCUUCUCUAGUGGUCAUUCUUGUCUUCCUCCACACACUGUCUCCUCAAUUCUUUCCACCAAUGUCCCUUUCUAACUGUUGGUGUUUAUAUUUACUGUACUUUAGAGUUUCUUAUCAUCUUCUUUCCUCUGUUUCCUGUCUUGUUAUUGUAUCCUUUUAUUGUUUGUUUUAUCCUUCCUUCAAGUAUUUCUUUCCUUUCUCCUUUUCUUUCUAUUUUGUCAUUCUUUUCCUUUUUUUUUUCUAUUGUAUCUCAUUUUCUUUGUCCGUUCUAUCAUUCCAGUCCCUCAUUAACUGAUUUUUUUUUCCACUUUUCUUCAUCAUUUUCUUUCAUCAUCCCCAAAACCAUGUUCCCUUUACACUUGAAUCACCAAUCUAUAUAAAAUUUUGUAUCUGGGAAGUGUAACAUUCAUUCUCUCCUUUCUUGCUUCAUUUCUCUGCCUCCUUUUCCCUCUCCCUCUCCUUUAUUCCUGCCACUAACCUAACACUGCCAAAAGAAAAUAUCCCUCCUCUUAGUACUCUCUCCCUCUCACUUUUGCUCUCACUCUCAUUCUGACUCUCCUACUGUUUCCCUUCCCUUUCUUGCUUGUCCUUCACUCUUUCCACUAAGCUAAAACUGCCAAAAAAUCAUUCAAAGAAAUCUCUAUAGCCACAUAUCAACGGUGACCUUCAUGCAGAUUAUAUUAAAACGGAAGAGGUCUGCGGAAAAGUAUGAAAUUAUAGUCUUGUAAAAAAGCAUUAUGUAUUUCGAUGUAUAAAAGAAAAUGACUUGUUACUUCUUCUACUAUUAUUAUUAUUGUUGUUUGCUAAAAUGUUACUGAUGUUUCCCCCUCUUUCUCUCGUUCUUUCUCUUCCCUUCUCUCUCUCUCUUUCUAUUUACAGUCUACAUAUGUAUAUUUUUAUAGGUACAUAUAGUAUAGUCUUAUGUAUACAUAGUGCAUAGUGUGGCUUCUGUAUUAGGUUUUUUUUUAAAUUUUUUAUUUUUUUAUGUUAUAAGGUUGAGGAGGUAGAUGAGGGAUGUAUCCAUAUGCAACACACACACACACACACACACACACACACACACACACACACACACACACACACACACACACACACACACACACACACACACACACACACACACACACACACACACACGGUAAAGGUACACAAAAUUCAGAAAAAUUGUUGUUAUUUGGAUUUUUUUUAAAGGAUUCGACAUUACAAGCUUAACUCAAUCCUGUGGAAAGAUCCAAGUCGUUAACACACACACACACACACACACACACACACACACACACACACACACACACACACACACACACACACCUGAUGAGAUGCUAAGCCAGUAUUGUAUAAGAGAAAGGGAAAAGUUUACAAGUUUAUUACAAACCACCAUUAAAACCUCUCACAUUUCACACAUAGACUCUACCAAACUAAGCAAAUACAGGCCACAAGAACCACACAUUCAUAGCCUUUAGGGGUCAGUGAGGCAGUUAGGAUGUGAUUAACCCCAUAUUCAUUCUACUUACUAUAUAUAUUUGAUGGUUUUAUACAGCUUCAGAAACUUAUGUGGUGUUUGAAAUAGUGAAGACUGGCCAUUUAUCUUCUGAUCUCCAUAGACCCUUUCUAAUGUCAAUAAAAUGGUUAAUUGUUCAUAAAGCACAAGGUAGAAAUGUGUCUCAGUAUUGAAGGGGUUGGAAGUUAGUGAAAGCUGAUAGGUAAAGAGACUUAAGUGACUGAAGUGUUAAGAAAAUGUGUGUAGUUUUUUUAGGAUGUGAAGUUAAGUGUUUGUGGAGUUAAAAUUUUGAAGUGAGGUUUGCUUUAAAGUGAGUGGUAGAACUGUUCUGAAAAUAUGUAAAGUUUGGUAAGAAGUGAAGCAAAGUGAAGUUGUAAAUCAAGUAAAUUAAUUGUCUGCAAAAUCUCAUGAAUCAAAAUUGUGUGUCUUUUCGAGUUGCAUGGUUCUUCUGCAAGUCAAGCCCAAGAUAUUUACUACAGAAUAACAAACAAUGCAGGACUUAACUUGUAAAAAAAUAUGCAGGCAAACUUCACGCAAUCUUGUCUGUUACUUCUUAUAUUGGCCACAGGAAGGUUAUGGAACAGAGCACAAAGUACAUAUACAAGAAAAGGAAACUGAAAUGAUGAAUACUGGAGCACUGUACAAAAAUAUUAGAUAAAGAUAAGUAAAUAAAUUAAUUCUCUUAGGUUAUAAUUGAAGGUAGUGCGCAUAUUUAUGGUAACUCAUUGUGUUUACCGGCAGUCUUUGAAAGGCACAAAAGUGGAAAUAUUAGCUGUAUGUGUGAAAAAAGUGCUUGAAAUAAGUGAAUAGGUACGUGAAGUGUAUUUUGAGGCAUUGUGAUGGGUGGUAAUGCAUAUCGAGAUUGAGAAAAUGAAUGAAAAGAUAGGAAAGUAUUGUUCAGAUGUGCUUUUUUUUUUUUAUACGAUAUAUUUUUUAAAGGUGUCUCAGUCAAGUUUGUCUGUAGAAGGGAAAGUCCUCGCUCUUUGGGUCAAGAAGUCAUCCAUUACUGUCUCUCACACACACACACACACACACACACACACACACACACACACCUGUCAUUCAGUCACUCAAAUAAGAAAUGUUAAUUAAAUCAUAAAAGAAAAGCUGCAUUUAACUUAAUCCAAAGACUUAUAUAUUAUCUCUUCAGUGCUGCAAAUCAUUCGUAGUUCUGUUUGUAUUUCCUCAUUGUACUUUUAACUAAAUAAAUAUUUUCUAUAGU